CGAAGAGAAGAGAGUACGUGUAAAGAAUGCAAUCGGACGAUUCCGGAUUUCCCGAAACCAGGAAUUUUAUUCAGAGACAUCUUUCCUCUAUUUCGGGAUCCAAGCAUUCUGAGUGACCUGCUUGAUCUUCUUGUACAUCAUGUUCAACAAAACUUCAAAGAUAAAGUUGAUGUUGUUGUAGGUCUUGAAGCGAGGGGCUUUCUGUUUGGUCCUAUGUUGGCGCUGAGACUAGGAUGUGGUUUUGCACCAAUCCGCAAGAAAGGCAAGCUACCUGGUGAAUGUAUCCAGGUGUCCUAUACACUGGAGUACGGCACAGAUGUAUUUGAGAUGCAGAAGGGCGCUAUCACGGCUGGCCAGAAGAUCCUUAUUGUUGACGAUCUCAUAGCAACAGGAGGCACCAUGAUGGCUGCCUGCCAGCUGGUGAAGAACAUGGAAGCGAAAGUACUGGAGUGUCUGGUCAUCAUCGAACUGACAGACCUCAAAGGAAAGGAGAAACUCACCGACCCGUUCCACACCCUUAUAGAUUUCGAAGGAGAAUGAGACGGAUACCUGCAAUAGACUUUCACAACUGGGCAUCUCUAUGGCCCUAUGUACCAUUGGACCAGGGGAUCAUAGGACCUGGAGGAUUUUUUUUUUUUUUGGGGGGGGGGGGGGGGGGGAGGGAGGGGGUUGGGAGGAUUGGGGCAUUUUUUUUUUGUUCCAUUGGUUUUAUUUCCCAGUUGGAUUGUAAGGUUUAGGUUAAGAGGUAGGGAUAAACAAGGGUAGGUUUAGUAUUGCGGAUAUUCCGAGGUUAGAUGAAUAUUUUGUCAGAUCAAUGGGAACCAACAGAAAAUAUUGCGUCAGGGGCACCUCUAUGGUCCUACUUAUACCAUUGGUCCUACCUCUCGAUAGACCUUGCCCUGUAUCCUAAUGAAUGAUAAGACCAAUCGUCUAUAGGACCAAUUCAUUGUAUUUAGAACUGCUCAGACAUUUGACCAUUAUUUUGUGAUAGGACCAAUGGGUUGUAGAACCAAUGAUACAUCACAAUAAUAUAUGUAUAUAUAUAUAUAUAUAUAUAUAGAGCCUUGGCGAUAUGUAAUAUUGACAAAGAGUUUUCAGUCAUACAGAACUUCCAUUCCAUACAGGGCUUCCAUAUAUCAUUAUUUUUCUUUCAUUAUCUUUGGUGUUUGUUCUUGUUUGUAACUGGAAUAGAAUGUUAUUUGCACAUCCGGAGGUGCUAUGGUCUAGUGGAUAUGUCACUGGACUGUAGGUCACAAGGUUUACUUUCCUAACGUGAUGUCAUUUGGCAAGACAUCAAUCUACAUUUGCCACACUAUUCGACCCAGGUCUAGUAAGUGUUCCCCCGUCAGGAUAUAUUCCUCAAAUGUACUGAGCACUUCAGUUGCUUGAGUUUAAUUGGAGAUAUAAUAUUCAAAGUUGUUUUGAAGCGCAUAAAGACAGUUGAAUUAUAUUAUGAUAUGUGCUUUACAAGAAAAUAUAAUGAUAUUAUUAUUAUUCCAUUAAAUGUAUUGAUCCCAAGACAUCAUGUUCCAAAACAUAAAUAAAUCUAAAAAAUUAAUAUA